AUGAGCGAAACUGAUUUUGAUGAGGUCGACGAUUUCGAUGUGGAUUUUGAUUAUACACGACCCCGGCUCUUCCCCUCAGAAGUGAAAGCCAUUUUGAGACAAUUGACCCCAGAUGAACGGGGUAUCGAUCCGGAACGAAUUAGUAGAGCCAGCCAAGAGCCACCCCCAAGUGAACAUGAUUCUGCAGGAGAAGCUGAGGAUGAAGCUGCAGAAAUUCCAAACGUUUAUAUUCACGUUCAUGAUGAGGAAGGACGCUAUUAUACAGAUUUAACGACUUUUCAUGGAAUGCGUCGAAUAUUUGUAGCCCAAACCUGGGCGUCACGUGUUUUUUGGUGCGUAGUGGUCAUCAACUGUUUAGUAUUUUUUAUGCUUUUUAGUGGUCGAACAAUAAUCUCAUACCACCGGAAGUCUUCUUUUAUGAUGAAAAGCUCACGAUUAUCAAUAUCUCCCUUUAACGAUAUGAAAUUUAAAUUAUGUAAGCAUAGCUCAAGGCUUAAUUGCUCUCAAUUCGAUCUCAACGCCGUCUACAAGUGCAAAGAAGUGGAGGAUGAUUGUGUUCUAUUUUACGAUUUUCUUUUCGGGCUGAAGCAUAUUCUAAAGAAAGUAAAGAAAAACCUAGUGAUAGACCAUCUUACAAAAGAAAUGGCCUUAAUCCCAAUGGAGCUGACGUUAUUUUUGGGACUUCCGGUGAAAUCGCGGGCAUGCGCAAAGUGCGCUAGGAUACUCCUGCCAGCAAGUGAAGGCGGGCACUGUAUGGAUUCUUGGCACGAGCUGAAGGUCCCCAAGAGCUUUAUUCCGAACAGCUCCUAUACGCUACGGUUGUGCGAAAGGCUCCGGAUUGCCGCGUACUAUUACGAGGCAAAUGACUGCAUCCCGAAGGCGCAUUUUUCGCUUUUUAACGGGAAUUUUACGGAAUGUGCAAAACCGAUUGUUCCCACGGAGAAGGAAAUUAAAAAGAUACAAAAUUUCCGUUGCGUGCCGGAAUGCGAGAAAACAGACCUUGAUGUGCGGCUAGAGAAAUACUACCAAAAAGCGAAGAUCAAAAGCAGCCGCCGAUUUUCUAAGCUUGAAAUCGUGAUGGAUACAAAUAUUGAGGAAAGGACGGAAACGAGAAAAAUUGGAUUAAUCGAUGUGCUUUCCCUAAUCGGGGGUGCAACUUCCCUAUUCCUUGGCUGCAGCUGUGUAACCCUAAUGGAAAUGUUCAUCUACAUCUUCAAGUCAACAAUCUCGCUGAUCACGCGAAAAGUUCCAGAACGGGGCACUUUGUACGAUUUGGAGACGGAUCUGAUGCAGAGCACGUCAAUAGCCAGGACCAGACGGCGGGCAUUUCAGACGACAUUUCAAUUGACGCCCCAGGCUGCAGAUCCAAUUUUAGAUCGGUUGUCGGCGAGGAGUAUUUCCCUUGUUCCGUUGAGUCCUGUUCGCCGAUUGUCUACGUUGAGUUUUACACAUUUUGGAAGAACUCCUAUGCGAAGAGAACGUUCCGGCUCGCUAACGUCGGUGCAGACGCUUCCAGUUCAGAGGCUGGAAGAACAAUCCACAAGUCGCGAGUGGACCGAGCCAACGUUCGAAAAACGUCGCCCCCCAUCGCUUCGUCAACUUCGCGAGAAUGUCAUCUUCAAUCGCCAUUCUUCACAUUCUAUCGAAAAGAUUGUCCGAAAUCUUCCUGUCGACAAGCGAAUGAGUAUGGAUCUGAAUGAUGAAGGGAAAUACCUUUGCCGGCAGACAGCUGUCGACAUUCCGGACGAGGAAUUGCGCGAAUAUUUUGCGGAUAAUGGAUUGGAAUAUCCGGAAAAAGAGGUGAAGGCAAGGAAACCGGAUCCGAGGUUGCAGAAAAUUCAUGCCAUGCCAUCCGAAACCGGUUCUACACGCUCGUCAAUGUCCCAUCGAUCUUUGCACUCUCUCCAUUCUCUCCGUUCCGUUCGUCAAGAUGAAGUGGCCCUCGUGACGGUCGUUCGGGCUGAUGAGAAUUCGAGGCGGCGGCCCAGCAAGGCGUUCAACAAGAAAAUGCCGUUGAACGACUUC